UCUUCAAUACAUUUAUCCAUAAAGAUAAGAAAUAUGCUAACUAACGGGAAUAGAAUCUGGGGAUAUUUUAUUUCGUAUUAAGAGGAUGUGAUGCGAUAUUUGAUUAUAUCUGGGGAGUCCCCCAGAGUAAUGUUUAUGUUUUGGCGUUCGUCGGAUCGCUCUCAGCCAGUCAUGCAAGAAUCACUCUCAUCGAUGGAGUGUGAACGAUAAUUAAUAUCUUUCAGUCUUUCCACAGGAGAUUGCAGAAUGGCCAGGGCAGUUGAUCAAAGGAGAAGUCAUUCUGCAGUGAAUAUCAUAUCAAUAGAUAUUGGAACAACCACAAUCGGUUGCCAUCAUUUUGAUAGCUCGGGAAUCUCUUUGUACCACACAUCAAGAAAGGUUGAACUUCUUUAUCCCCAGCUGGGAGGGGUCGAGUUAGACCCAGAUGUGUUAUGGGAGCAGUUUGUUGAUGUUAUUACUGAGGUCAUGGAAGCAUCAAAUCUUCAAGCAGAGGAUGUCACAGCCCUGGGGAUCUCCACUAUGAGAGGAACAUUUAUAACUUGGGACAGAAAGACUGGUAAACCCUACCACAACUUUAUCAGUUGGCAAGACAUGAGAGCAGGAAAUUGUGUCGAGAGUUGGAAUAAAUCUCUUACUCUAAAGAGUUUGAAUGUGGGGUCUAAAUUUCUUCACAUGAUCUCAAGACAAAAGAAAUACUUGGCUGGAAGUGUCAUUAGCUUUUCAACACAACAUACGUCAAUUAGGCUUCACUGGUUAUUCAAGACCCAUCCAGAUCUUGCCAAAAAGGCAGAUAUGGGUGUUCUGGCAUUUGGAACCAUUGACUCUUGGCUGAUCUGGAAACUAACCAAGGGUCAGCUUCAUGUGACAGAUUACUCCAAUGCAAGUGGUACAGGGAUGUUUGAUCCUUUUAUUAUGGAAUGGAGGUUGCAGACCAACAGGCCGCAGUGUUUGGACAGUGUUGUUUUGACGCAGGGGAUGUGAAUUGUACAAUGGGAACUGGAUCUUUUCUAGAUAUAAAUACAGGCUCAUAUCCACAUGCGUCUGUAGCAGGUACAAACAGUCACUCAGCAAGUCGGUAUAUUGUCUUGUCAGCUCAAUAUCAUUUCUUGAACUAACGAUUUUCUUUCUCUGCAGGCUUUUACGACGAUGUCUCAAAGACAAGCGAAAUGGCUUUUUCUGUGGAAACCUCAGGUGGAGUUUACUUUGUUCCCGCUUUCAAUGGAUUACAAGCUCCCAUUAAUGACAAUAAAGCUUGCGUUUCGCUGAUGGGAAUAAAAUCCACCACUAACAAAGCUCACAUAACAAGAGCUAUUUUGGAGUCAAUAGCUUUCAGGUUUACUCAGCUGUACGAGACUGUGGUUGGAGAGACCCAUAUCCCAUUAAUGUCGUCAAUCAAAGUUGACGGCGGAAUUUCUAACAACGACUUUGUGUUGGAAUUAAUGAGCAGUUUAACUUGUCAGACGAUAGAUCGACCCUCUCAGACCGACAUGUCCACUUUAGGUGCAGCCUUCUUGGCUGGUCUCUCAGCUGGUGUUUGGAAGUCACGUGACGAGUUGAAAGCAAUCCGUUGUUCCCAGGCCCUCUUUCAACCGAAGGCAUCCAUACGAGACAAAUUCCUGAAGAAUUAUGACGAAUGGAAAGAGGCCCUACAUAGGAGUAAAAACUGGUACAAAUGGGACUGAGUGCCUCUUUGUGCAACAGAGCGAGUCUUCUUGUUUUAGUUAGGCAAUCGAACACAUUUUUUCCGGGCUUUAUAACGUGAUAACGCCACUCAGGGAUGUUGGGGGAACGCGAGGAGAGCUUAUUGAUCACUCGCCUUCGAAUCGCUAUUUAUAAGCUUUCCACGUGUUUUGCCAUUAUCCUAAGUGGCCUGGACAAAUGUGUCCUAUUGCUUUUGUGACAUACUAGUCGUCACCGAUUAAAUGCGGGCUCAAUAACCUGAUAAAGUAUCCGCUUGGAAACCAAGCAGACGAUGCGUCCUAUUUUCAUUUAUGUUAUAAUUCAUUUUAAAUAGCUUUUAGAGUGAAAAAUGUUAAUAUUUAACUGAAUUAAGAACUGCUGAGUUACAUAGUGGUAACUAUAGUGUAACGCAUUAAGUUUUAUAAAUGAGUUAACUCUUAACUCCCAAAAGUGAUUGACAUGUAAGUUCUCCCCAUGAUAUCCAUACUUUAUCCUACAAACAGGUGAUGAGAAUUCUACAACUUAUCAAGGUCAACCUCGUUCCCAGGGCCUUUUCCCUUAGCUGGCACCCCCAACUGAGGGAAAAGGCCCUGGGAAUGAGGUUGUAUGAAGGUAGAAGUUGGUUUCUUGAUUUAGGACCUAAUUCUCGUGACUAAUUUACAAGGGAAAUGUGUAGCAGCUAGAGGGGAGAAUUAACGGUCAGAUCUUGGGAGAUAAAAAGUUAAGCCGUGUGUAUGAUAAUGGCAUCGGGAAGAUUACAUUUGUUGCUGCUGUCAGUGAGGCAUAUUUUGUAGAAACGAUUAUUAAAUCCAGUUAUCAUGGAAAUUUUCCAUGCCCAACUGACAAUAUUUUAUACUUGUAUUUGUAAGUUUUUGAACUCACUAAGGUUUAUUUAUUUAAUUCAAUUAAGAAUGCGUCAUUUGAUAUAACUCCCUCGUGUACGUCAUGGACUCACUCUGCAAACCGGAAACACUGCAAGGAUUGGACUCCCCUAAAAAGAAAUUGGGAAGGGAUCAGGGUGUUUCAACAAAACUUAACGACGUUUUUGUAAAGUUCUUGGAUUUUUUUAAUUCUUUUGAACACUUUUUCAUUUUUUAUUAUUAUUUUUUUUUUCCAUAGACUGGUUUUGUAUUAUUACAUUUCGGAAAAUUAUUAGCUACGUAGUUGGCUUUACUAAUGGAUGUAAUGUUUUGGACAACAGAAUGAUAUUCUCAACUUUCUCGCUUACUUUUAGUAUUAUUUGUUUGUUUUUGCAUUGUGCAGUAAAUUACAAAUUUGAUCAUGGAGAAUUAUACCGUAAAUGAAUUGCGUCUUUUUAUUUAGUUUCUCUCCAAUAGUUAAUCAUUAUUUAUUGUUUAUAAUUGUAAUCAGAUCAGAGCAAUAAAUUAGUAUUGCCU